GAAUAAUGUCAGUGCAUGUGAAUCACUCCUGCUCUAUCUCUUCUUUUCCUAAAAGAUUAGGUUUCUUCCGAAUUCCAAUCAGUAGUUCAACAAAAUUAUACCCCACAAUUCCCUUUCCCUUUUCCCUUUAAGUGUAGGACACCCGUUGCACCUCCAUUGCCCUUUAAAUAGAAUUUACGGUUAGGACUCCUUGCUCACAACCCUUCAAAAAUGGAAUUUUUAACAGGUUUUUUUAUUCUUUCCCUAUCUUUCUUCAUUUCUAGGGCAGAAAAUGGCACUGAUGAUUUUAUUAAAAGUUCAUGUUUGGUUACAAGGUAUCCUGAUUUGUGUUACCAAACACUCUCAGCUUAUGCUACUAGUAUUCAGGACAAUAACCCUACACAACUAGCCAAUGCAGCUCUCAAUGUAACACUAAAAAGUGCAGAAGCCACUUCAAAUAUGGUUUCAAAGAUGCUGAAAGCGCAUAAUCUAAUGCCUAAAGAAGCUGCAGCCAUAAAAGACUGUGUGGAGACGAUGAGAGACUCAGUUGAUGAGAUCAAGCAAUCUCUGUUGGUAAUGAGCGAUCUUGAAGGCCCUGAUUUUGAGAUGAAGAUGAGCAAUAUACAAACAUGGGUAAGUGCUGCUUUGACAGAUGAGGAUACUUGUAUGGACGGGUUUCAAGGGAAUGCCAUGAACGGGAAAGUUAAGCUCAAAAUAAGACAGUAUGUGGAAAGAGUUUCUCAGUUAACUAGUAAUGCAUUAGCUCUUAUUAAUAAGGUAGCCAAUAAUUAAUUAAUUAGCUAGCUAAGUACAUGCAAUUUGUUCUGUAUAUAUGUAAUAAUAGUAUUUCAGUAAUGAAUUACUCAAUCAAUUAAGUUUUAUUUAAUUAAUUAGUCA